GUGCACGCCGUGACGUCACCCUCAACAUGAGGCUCUGUGGCGUCACCACUAACGCCACGUGCGCCACGACGCCCUCGCGCGUUCCUUACCAACUCGAGGUGACAUGACGUCAUCUCUCAGCCCCGCCUCCCGACAGGAAGCCGCCGCCUUUGCACCCCCCCACCCCUCUCCCCAUAACCACCGGACCAAGUUGUCGUGUCACAGUUCGAAUCCCCCCCCCUCCCCUCAAGCCAUGAUGAUGAAGGCUCUGAGAGACCACGAAGACGACGGCGAUGAGGAGGAUGAGGCGGAUGAGGUGUUCGCCGCCGCAGUCGCCGCGUCCACCACCGCCGCCGCCUCCGGCCCGGCCGCGGUCCCCGGGCGCUCUACCCCGCGGCCCGCCAGCCUGGCCUUCUCCCGGGUCGGGUUCGAGCCCCAGGGCGGGCCCGGCGCCGCCGUGAGGGUGCCGGAGUCUCCCCCGGGGUACCCCGGCCGCGACGGCGAGAAGGAGCCGCUCCUGGCCGCCUCGCCCGCGGGGGACCUCAGGGGACGGGACGGCCAGCUGUGCCCUACAAGUCCCUACCACCACCACUACCUUCACCACCACCACCACCGGCGCGACUCCCCCUCGUCUCCGCACACUUCCGCCGCCCCCGACCCUUUCAACGCGUUCCCGCGCGACCAGCAGUUCUCGGAAGUGGUGUGCAGCGUGGAGCGCGCCAUGGAGGCCGGCGUGGAGCCGCAGAGGAUCUCGCAGGGCUCCAGCGGCAGCUACUUUGUGCGAGAUCUGUCAGGGAAGUCCGUGGGGGUGUUCAAGCCCAAGUCUGAGGAGCCGUAUGGGCAGCUCAACCCCAAGUGGACCAAAUGGCUGCAGAAGCUGUGCUGCCCCUGCUGCUUCGGCCGGGACUGCCUGGUGCUCAACCAGGGCUACCUAUCCGAGGCAGGCGCCAGCCUCGUCGACUCCACGCUCGGCCUCAACAUUGUGCCCAAGACCAAGGUGGUGUGGCUAGCGAGUGAGGCGUUUCACUACGGAGCCAUCGACCGCGCCAAGUCACGUGGCAAGAAGCUGGCGCUGGAACGAGUGCCGGAGAUCGGACGCAGAUUCCACAGAAUCGGCCUUCCGCCUAAGGUAGGCUCUCUGCAGCUGUUCGUGGAGGGCUAUAAGGAUGCCGAGGAUUGGCUGCGACGCUUCGAGGUGGAGCCCUUGCCAGAGAACACCAACAAGCAGCUGCAGCUGGAGUUCGAGAAGCUUGUGUGCCUCGACUAUAUCAUCCGCAACACCGACCGUGGCAAUGACAACUGGCUCAUUAAGUAUGAACCUCGCAAGGAGACGGACAAGGACACGGAGCAGGAGGCUGUGGAGCGGGAGCCGGCCGUGAGAAUCGCGGCGAUUGACAACGGCCUUGCGUUUCCCUUCAAGCAUCCGGACUCGUGGCGAGCGUAUCCGUUCUACUGGGCGUGGCUGCCCCAGGCCAAGGUUCCCUUCUCUCAGGACACGUGUGACCUCGUGCUGCCAAAGAUCUCUGACAUGAACUUUGUGCAGGACCUGGUGGAGGAUCUCUACGAGCUGUUCAAGGAAGACAAAGGAUUCGACCGAACAACUUUUGAGAAGCAGAUGUCGGUCAUGAGAGGACAGAUCCUGAACCUGACGCAGGCUCUGCGCGACGGACGCUCCCCGCUGCAGCUGGUGGGGAUGCCAUGCGUGCUCAUCGAGCGCAGUGCCGGUAGCGCCGGGAGUGGCACGGGGGGCUCGCGCAUCCGCACACUCAGCGACGCCUUCACACAGACCUUCAACAGCCGCAAGCCGUUCUUCUCGUCGUGGUGAUGUGCCGCACGACCGUCAACGGCGUGACGCCACGGGAGCCGUGCGGGAUGGGUGUGACGCCACGGGGAGUGGUGACCUUACGGGGAGUGAUGCCGUGGGAGUGUGUGAUUCUACGGGGAAUGUGUGAUGCCAUGGGACGGUGUGGAGCCGCGCGGGAGUGUGUGAUGCCAUGGAAUGUGUGAUGCCAUGGAAGGAUGUGACGCCAUGGGGAGUGAUUCCAUGGGAGGGUGUGAUGCCAUAGGGAGUGUUAUUUCACGGGGGAUGUAUUUGGGAGAGGGUGACUGGUGGUGGCAUCUGUCCUCCAGCGGUGAGAUGGCUUCGUCUGGGAUCGUUCGGCCAUCACUAGUGGAAUGAUUACAUUAAUUGGCUUCACCUGAAAUGAGUUCAGCGAUCUCAGACCGCAACCAUGAAGCGAAACGGCUUUAAUCUGAGAACGGGGUCGUUCAGCGAUUGACAGGCAAGAUCGUGAAAGUGAUAUCGAAUAAUCCAAAGUAAUCACCGGAGAGAGGUCGUUUGGCAAAGUCACUUUAUCAGAAACCAGUUAGUUCCUGCGAUCACGAGGCAGGUAGCUUUGGCGAUGUAUUUACCUUAAACGCAUCUGCCGAGCCAUUACUGGAACGGUCGCAAGGACGGUCAUUCGCUCGUCACUGGAGCACGGUUAAUGUGCAACAUCACGGUCAUCCCACACCAGGUCGCCAUGCGCCGCGGGAAGGGAUGUCGUUGGCGGAGGGAGCUCCUCGUUAAGGGUGCCCGCCCAGCCGGCAUGCACUGGGGGGCGGCCGGUAGCAACCCGGCACUCGGCCGGCACCACGCGCGCGCGCUCUGCACGAGCCCUGCAGUUCACCAUUCGGCGCGCGCGCUUAAAAACGCCAACUCAUUUAUCUUCUCGUUUUUUAUUUGUACAAAUGUUUGAUCAAAAGUGUGUUAUUUUUCGUUAUUAUUGCGGUAUGUUGCCGUAUUAUAUUAGAUGUAGCAGGUGGCCAGAUGUUUUGCUUUUUUUUGGUUUAGCCAUCGGUAAUGUCACUGUGGAGUAGUUAAGUUGAGGUUGGCGUUAAGUCUAGGGACAUGUGCUAAAGGUAGACCAAUGUUAAGCCGAAUUAGGACCAAUUAUACCUACAACAUGGAUAAUGCACCACGUACGCAGUAGAUUAGGCUACAAACCCCUAAUUGACGUUUGCCUUUGUGUAGCGAGGGUGAAGACGCAGAGUGUGUUGUCUGUCAUUGCUUCUCAAAGGAACCUGUUUACUUCCAGACGUGCUCGUGGUCACGCAGGCACCGAGUCGCUGGCCCUUCGACGAGUAAGGAGAGGAUAACUGAAAGAACGGGCUUGCACAAAGACAUUCAUUUUGAAGCACGGAUAAUCCGUCCAAAGGAUAAUUAAGAGCUGACCGCACGUGGUUCACAACGGACCUGAUGCGUGACGCAAGGACCAAUCGUUAUCGUCGUAUGCGGAUCAGGCCAGCAGCAAUUUCCUCCCAGCUACUGGAUGAAUUGUCGCAGUAUUUAGGAUCUUCGAUUCGGGGAAUCGAUUAUUUUAUUUUUCCUCUGUCCGUAACUUCUCGUUUGUUCUGUCCGGGAACGAUUGCCCCCCUCCGUCGCAUUGGUUCAGUUCCAUUUCUUUCCAUCGGUCGAAAACGCGGCGUAAACCAUUGGGGCAAAAUAACUUUUCAGAGCCCGAUGGGUGUGUCGCGUGUGGUGGGGUUAAUGUGGGAACUCUCGCCUCUUCAAACAUUGUCGGGCCAACGUCACGGAGGAGGCCGCAUACCAGGGGCUCUCUAGAGCUUCUUCGAGUGGAGGCGCUUUCGCCAGCAGUGGUGUGGGCAGGCAAUUGCAGGCUGCGUUUUGACAUCUUUUACAUUUAUUUAGCCUGGGUGAGGGCCUGUUGGGAGUCGUCACCAUCCCGAUCAUUAGCCACGAUAAAUAAUCAACUGCUUGGUUGCAGGUGCCCCCCCCCAUUCCUUUGCCAUUUUUCAGUUUUGCAAUGCAACAAUCCGUCUUGCUGCCUCGCCGCAAGUAUGUUUCUUCUGUCUGUCUCCACGGUGGUGGACGUUAACGCUUGGGCCUGUUCCCUCCUUUGGCUGCUACUCGGUCAUUAAGACUCGACCCCCGGCCUUCAUUCCUGCCCAAUUCCACUUUACUUUUCUGUCACCAUGGCGUCAUUAACUUGCGGUGGGGUGGGCCUUGCCUGGCGUAAUAAACCGCAGCAGGUUGUGACGGCAACCCAGUGGCAUCGGUGAGCGGAGCUGCGCCGUGCUGAUGAAUAUGCGACGGCGAAACCAUGGCGAAGCCACGUCGUUUUCUGAAGAAAAUAUUCUUAAAGCCAGUAUACAAGAGCACUGUACCUGAGGUGCGGUUUAGAUUUACACAGACGCCUCUGUAAUUAUUGUUUUUUUUAUAUUUUAACCGGCGUAAGUCCUGUGAAAGCAGCCCAGCUGCAACCAACGAUCCUGUGCGAUGCGCGUGAUGUGUGUAAGCGCGCGCACUCACUGGUGGCUUAGCUGUUGAGUGCGUAGGCAGUGCAACUGCACCGGGGCCCAGGUGCCGGAAUCCGAAGAGGAUGGGGGGUGGAGGGGGGAUUGGACAAAAGUGUGCCAGCGUCAUGGUUCAAAAUUAAUCCAGAUUUUUUUAAGUGAUUACAAAAUUGCUUAAUAGGGUAAAACCACAUAGCUGCAUCGCCCCCCCCCCUACUCUGGCAGUAUAAUGCUGACUUAGUAGGUCGGUGCUGUGCACACUACCACGUCGGGACAGCUGCCACUAGGGGCGGGGGGAGGGGGUCCCCUUGGCUAUAUUGCAGCAAGGCGUUGGAAUGUUUGAGAUGAGCUGUGAUGCAAGACACUGAGUUGCUGUGAAGCGGUGUGCCACUAAACACACAAAACACGUGCCCUUGCACCAGGGUCCAUGCCCUUGCACCAAGGUCCUUGCCAACAACAUGGCACCACUGAUGUUAUUACUCUGGUGGUGGAAGUACUUGUUGGGGUGGGGUGACUUGAAUAUCGACGGGAAGAGGAGAGGGUGACUCAGGUCUCUUUGGGGUUGCCGUAUACGUUUACGUGGGUGGGGAGCGGUUGUAUUGCGGUGAGCAUACUGCGCUACAAAUCCAGCGACCCAGGUUCGAUUCUUGCUCACGGCUGGUCAUGGGCCUCCCCUAGAUCGACUCAGCCUCAAAUGAGUACCUCCUGCGGUGUGUAAAAACAUCGCCACUGGGAAGACAAAGGAUCUUUAUCUUUGGGGGGGGGGGGGGGGGGGAAGUCGCCGUUCACAUAACGAUGCCAAAGUGUUCAGUUUGUCACGACUAGUGCCUGCCGUUUCCAGCCGAGAGUCUGGGUCGAAAAACUGGGACGAGAAUUGUUGGGUUUCAAGUCCCACCCCGUGGUGAAACUUCACUGACGGCUGUGGGUUGGGUGGAUGGGAACAAUUGGUGGCCUUGGAACCCGUCAGUCACUCAUUGCUGUGUUUCCUUUGAAGUUAGGGCUCAUUUUCUCUCUGGAUUGGUCGCCGGUCGCUGGUAGACUGGAGCAUUGUGCACGCGACUAGUAGUAGUAGCCAUAGCGAGAGGCUUUGAUCGAUGUGGUGUUCCAUGUGCAGAUAUAUAAUUUAGGGCAGACCCAGCUGAAAUUAAACCCUGCAUUGUCGUAAGCAGACUGACGUGCACAUGUUACUUUUUUUAGGAACGUUAACCCAGUUACGUAUUCAUCGGCAGGAACCCGUUUCCACACAAAUGAGAGCCAACCAACGUUUCUCAAUCAGCCGGGACGUCUUGAAGAGAUUCGCACGGCUGCAAAUUGUAUGCAGAUAACGCAUGGAUUCCAAUUGUGCUUGUGACAGUCUAUUUCGUUCACCAUUGGUCGAGCCCAAUCCACUGCUGGAUGAACACCUUCUAAAGCUUUCACCAUUUCUCAUGCUCCGCGAUGGAAUGAUUUAUCGAGAUCCGAGCGAGUCGGUUUCAUCCGCGGCGAACGAACUCGAGAGGACUGGCCCACUUUUAAUCUUUUAGCUGCCACUCCGUCCUUAGUCUCGACCGCCGGCCAUCACCCCUUGCGGUGACAUGCCCUGCACAGAGGCCAUGGAUUUAAUUGCAAGGUUACAUCUAUCGGCUAAACUACUUGCGAUGGGAACAAAGCCAGUGACUGCACAAAGCAAAGAGCAUCAUUGUAGAGCAAAGUUAAGUUCUUAAGUUAAUUCGGCCCGACCGAACCGUGGGCGUUAUUAAUUCACAUUCGAGGACUGGCACGCGGCAAGUCCACUAUUAUUCAGUGGUGAGAAGUGCCACUCGGAAGGCGAGGCUCUCCGCUAUGAAUCUUAAGACCCCCCCCCCCCCCGGGUCCUAUGUUCCAUGUGUGUCAGUGUGCGGGCACAGGCGUGUGUAUCUGCACAGGUGCAUAUUGGGGCGUGCACGAAUGUUUACACGAGAGUGUGGUGGAGUAAUUGUUAAGAUGUCAAAAAUAUCAAUAUUUGCCAUGAGAUGACUUUUGUGGGUUCCUAUUUGCCAAUGAAAUAAAGGCGUAUUGAAAGAAA